CAUGAACCAGAGUGCUGGCUACGCUCGCGGCUUUAGGCGCACUCUCAACGAGGCCGAAGGCCAGCAGGCAAGACUGCGGACCGAGUUUGAAGAGUUUGAUGUCAAGGUGCUGCAGGAUGCCGCAGCUAGCGUGUGUAGUGUCAAGGACGUGCUGGAGCCGGAGGAGUUGAAGAGGCAGCUGCAGGGCAUCCGGAGCAUGCUCGAUACGGUGCUCGAGGCGCAGAUCGAGUCGCUGGCGCACAGCAAGGCAUUGCGUGAGGUGAUGAAGAGCGCAGAAGCACACGACCAAGACGAGGCCCGUGCCCGUGCAGAGGCCGAAGCUGCAGCCAUGGCGGCUAGCGGCAGUGCCGCCGACUCGUAUCAGCUGCGGAUCUUUGACCUUGAGGCGGUGAUGACCCGUGUGGCCGAGGCCUGCCGUGCGGCGGCAGCGGCGGAGCUCAAGAACGCCCACAAUGCGGUGCUAGAAGAGUUUAAGGAGACGGUGACCAACUCCGUUGGCCUCAUCGAGGGCGUCAACGACAUGGAAAUUGCCGUCGACGGUGACGACGACAUUGCGGUUCUCCCCGUGGCGUCGACCUCGUCUACCCGCUUCAUCUGCCCUAUUUCGGGCCAGAUCAUGCAGGAUCCAGUCCACGGGCCAUGUGGCCAUCACGUCGACCGGCCCGCCAUUCUCCAGCACAUGGGCUCGCGCAUGUCGUGCAAGUGUCCGCACUUGGGCUGCGGCAGGAUCAUCAACCGCCGAGACCUUGCCGUCUCAACCUCCAUCUUGCGCGCUAUUCGAAGCGCCAACAUCAACGACGACACCACACAGGUUCCUGCCGGCCUCGAGGUCGAAGACGUGGCGUAGCCGUCGCUGCCCCGCGUCCUUUCCAGACUCGACGGCGCACUGCGCGUCCAAAGUCCGCAACUCCACCCAAUACACAACCGCCCUCCCA